AUGCCCGCCGGCGUGCCUUGGCACACCUACCUGAAGGCGCUGGCGGCCAGCAUGCUGGCUAUGUUCGCCGGAGCUGAGGUGGUGCACAGGUACUACAGGCCUGACCUUAGUAUACCUGAAAUACCCCCUAAGCCUGGAGAACUGAAAACAGAACUGUUGGGUCUAAAAGCAAGAUCAAGCUAA